AUCAAAACCCCCAAAGAAGAGUCAUCAAAUUCCUUCGGUAUCGGACCUGUCCAAGAAACACAAUGUGGGUUUCGAGCUGCUGGAAAGGAAAGGGUUUACCGGAUUAGAGAUAUCAGAUUUGACAUCGAGGACAUAAGAGUGGUUUAUCUCCCUGAGAUUACUUUAAAAUGUGAUUGAGAAGUGGUUUUAAGAAACUUAGUGGCAUAUGAAUCUUCCAUUGCAACCCAAGACUCAGCCUUUGAGCUUGCUGGAUAUAUUGACCUGAUGAGCAACAUACUGCAAGCACCAGAUGACGUGGCAAUGCUUCGGGCGAGGGGGGUCAUCAAGGGAAAACUGGAUGACGUAGAAGUUGUUGAAAUCUUCAACGGUAUCGGAAAAUCUGUGGGGAACUUGAAGCCUAAGGAGUGUGCAAGCAGGAAGGUGGUGAAACAAGUGAAGGAGAUGGUGGAGGAAUGUGUGGAAGAGAUUGUGGAAGUGUGUGGGGAAGAAGGUUACGAAUGGUGCAGAGUUGACAAGGAAGCCUGUGCAAUGGGAAUUGGUCUGAAGGGUCUGCUGUAUCUGUUUAUGGAUAUGCUACUUGUGCUGCAGAUUAUGCAAGCAUUUUGCCAGGUUUAUGGAUGCAACAAAGGGGGUUCUGAGGCCAAGGCUAUGAGUUCACUAUGUGAGGGGAGCGUUUGGUUAGAUAUUAUGGCAUUUUUAUGUGGUUACUAUUGCAUUAUAAGCAGAAGUAGUUAUUCUGUGUUUGUAAUGUUUUGAGUUUUCUUUGUUCAAAAAGCUUAGGCACUUAAAAGUAGUACGAGGGCUACGUAUAUAUGAAC